UCAUAGCUGUUUGUAAAAUAGAGCUCGACUCAUUCGUCCCCUGUAUCCUCUCCACUCUUUCAUUGCCUCAUUGGACGCAAAGGAGAGGACUAGUGAUAUGGCGUCUCAGUUACACCCUGAUAAGGAAUCGCACUUGUUAGAGACGACGGCUAAAGUGAAGCACGUCAGAGAAGAAGUGACCAAGAAAUUGGACCAGUAUCGUAAGCAAUAUGAAGAGAUGCACAUUAGAGCUCUUACUGCUGAAGUCGAGGUUUCAAACUUGCAACUGAAACUCGAUGAUGUGUUGAGACAGCGCAGCUCCCAGCAUGAUCACGUCCUGUCUCUCAUUGAUGAGAUUGCUAAAGAGAAAUCAAUGAGAGAGGAUUUAUCACUGGCACUUGAUACAGCUAGAGACAAGCUCAAUGAAAUACACAAGAUACUAACUAAAGAAUUUGGAAAGAUACAGACCAAUCAGAAGGACCUGAGAGUCGCUGUCAACUCAUUCAUGAGGUGUGUCUAUGAAUUUAAGACUGGAGUUAUAUCACAGAAUGAUUUCCUGUCAGUAGUUGAGCUAAUAUUCACUUCACUUGAAGCAAGCGAGACUGCUCUACUCUCCCCCAUUGCCUCACAGAAGGAGCCGUCCUCUCAUCUUGAUAUUGUAUUCAACAGGAGCAGCAUACACGAGCUAGCCUCCCUCACUCCUGACAUGAGACGCAAGAAACUAGAAGUACUCCUUGAUAAAUUACUCCCUGAAAGCCUCUUUAAUAAUCUCUCACCUUCUGGGGACUUCUUGACUCAGUUGUUUGAACUCCCAGACUCUCCUUCAUUGCGUACCUCUCCCCUAACUCCUCCCACUAUUCCUCCUCUUCACUCUGCUCCUAAACGCUCUAUCACUAAACCACACACAAUGCCUCCCCUCCCUCCCCCUCUCCCUCCUAAACCCUCCCCCACUCCUCCCCCUAACUCGGUCCAUGGCAAGCAUUACAUUGCAAUGGAAAAUGGCAGUGCUGCUAAUCCUGAUGAGGACUCGGAUGACUCUGAGUCUGAUUUUGUUGAUAUACAAGAGAUCAAUAGACAGACUCUAUCGCAGAAGAAUGCUUUGAAGCAACAGGCCUCUGCUACUGCUACAACAGCUGGAAGAGAGAAGCUCGCUGAUUGGAUGAAAGUCUCUCGUCCGAGACACUUAAAGUCUCACAAAGUUUCCUUCAAGCGUUCAAUGUCGUGUGACCUCUUAGACGUGUCAGGAGAGAGCGCUGAUUCCACUGAUAGCUCUUAUGCUUACUCCUUUGCAUUCCAGCACGUACAAGCAUGGAGGAAACUAAUAGGCCUGCGAGACAGCAGCGUAUUGACAGGGAGCUUACCUCGGAUACACAGUGAUGGGUGUGUCGAUGAGGAGAACCUGUACUACAUUGCACCCAAUGACUUCAGAUCAGUCCUUUCUCAAGUGAGAGGAGAAAGUAUGAAAAUGGGAGGACAAGAGGUGACAGAGAGGGCCAUACAGAGGGUUGACUCCAUUGUCACUACUCACAGGUCAUCCACUUUGAUAGAAUCGGCUGAGUACCUGUCACUGUUGAGAGGUACUGAUCCUCCUAGGACAAAGAAGGACUGGUUUAAAGUGAAGGACAGAGGUUCGAGUAAAACUAAACCCAUGACAACCCCACGUCUUAAUUACGAAAACCAACCGAAACCGUUCCCGCAGCGACAAAGCUCUGCCCCUAAGAAUAUUAUGUCCAGCACAACUCGAUCAUUCCCUUUAUCUCCAAUACAUUCUUUACCUUUUGAUGAUCCAAAAUACGGUCGUGUGACCACUACUCAUUUUAGUGAUAUUUAUAAUAGCCCCGAGACAUCCCCAUCUCCACCCCCUAGAUCAUCUCUGCACAACAGAUUCACACAAAUUGAAGGGAACAGUGCCAAAACCGGUAGGACUAGUAUGACUGGUUUAUCCCCAGUCCCUGGUAGCCCAAUACUACAAAGCAAAGGGGCCCCUGCUUUACCCCCUAAGACCCACAAUAAGGUUGAUAUACAGAUCAGGGACCCUCCCCCUCUUCCCUCCUCUUUCUCUUCUGUCCCCCCGGCCCAUUCUCCCAGUCCUAAACCGAUACCUAAACCUCGAUUCAAGAAGGACAGCGUUCAUGGUAGUACUGCUAGGUCUAGUCUUCCUUCUUCUGCUCCUCCUCCUCUUCCUCCCUUUCAUCCAGUCACUAGCUCUCUCCCUCCAUUAGAGACCUCAGCAGUAUUGAAGCCGCCGGUUGAGAAUGAUGCUUUAACCAGCCCUGCAUACUUCUCACUCAAAAGAGGGACUCAUUCUCUGCAGCUAAUUCCUCAGUUUUAUGAUUCUGAUGAUGAUCAUGAUGAUGAUGAUCUGAGCUCUUAUUCUCUUGGAGAGUUUAAGCUAGUAGAGAGGAAGGAGUCUUUACCAAUGUGUGAUAUAAAGGAGCAAUCCUUAGAUCCUAACUCAGGAGAGUGUACUCAGAGUUCAGUAUCAGAUAGCAGUGAUGAUGAGUACAUGAUACCACCUGAUGCUGCUAUUGGUUAUGUUGAGCCGUCAUCAUCUGGACGCAACAGUAAAGAUAUGCCACGCAACAAGAAAUACACUGCAACACUACCGGCAUCAUCUGUCGAUAAUACCAGUUAUGAGAAGCAGGGGUACCUCCAUAAGUUAGAUCCUAGACUAAAGCACUGGACCAGAAGAUGGUUUAUACUGAAAGGAAAAGAAUUGAAAUAUUAUUCAAAAAAAGGUGCAACGUAUCGAGCCAAAGGUGUCAUUAAUCUUGCUGCUUGGUGUAAAGUCACAAGGCAUGAGCUAACCAGCUCAUUCCAAUUGGCUACACCUACCAGGACCUAUCACUUUGUGGCUGACAGUGGAGCUGAUUGUGAAGACUGGAUUAAAGCACUGGAGUCUGUAAUGAGAAUGUGUCAGAACAAUAUGUCAUCACCAGCUACUAAAGACAUACCAGCAAACUGGGCCAAAGUGAAAUUAUCCUCAUGGAGUCAAGGUCAUCAAAAGAUGUGGAUUGCAUUAUUGAAUCAGUCGCUGAUACUGUAUCAAGACCCUGACACUGAUCCCUUGCAGUCCUUCACACUAGUUGAUGCUAUGGUUCGUCACUGUACCGAUGCACCUGGUUUCAGGUCACGCCCAUCAUUCUGUCAUAUCAAAGAUGAGUUCACUAUAGUAGUUGAGUUAUCUGAUCCAACUAACGCGAGCAAUGAACCAGAGACAAUCUCAUUGUCCUUUUCAGAUAAAGAUGAUAUGGAUAAAUGGUUCUAUCACUUAGUGUCUGCAUCAUCAGGUGAAACUGGUCCUGAACUCACUUUAACAGAGAAAGUUGUAGCACGUCUUUAUAGAACAAAGAAAGAAGAACUAGCAUCUGCAACCACAUUAUGGUGUAAUCCAGUCCUUAACUAUACAACUGAGAAUAUCCAGGAGCCAUUAGUAUCCUUACCAUCAACCACACUCACUUUAGAGGCUGUUCAAUUAUUUAAAAGUCUUCAGUUGUUUGUUGCAACUCCAUUUGAUCCACUUGCUCUUGACUAUCACAUUGUAUCUCUUCAGCAAAUUGUCAGUCGGUGCCUACCAGAGACUGCUCUUCACGAUGAGCUCUACUGUCAAAUACUCCGUCAAAUAUCAGCUCCUUCAAGUCUACAGAGCAGCCAUAUUGUCAUGCAGAGCUGGUUCUUGCUCUGUUUACUGAUACCACACAUUCAACCAAGAAGAAAACUCUUCAGUUGGUAUUUGAAGGCUUUCAUAACUCGUCAACAGAGUCAUUUUGGGUCACAGCCUACAAUAAUAGGACAACUGAUUGGUCUUUGUGAUACAAGACUAGCACGGACUGAGAAGAAUGGCCUGAGAGAGAAGAAAGCAUCAUGGUGGGAACUACACUCCUUGAUGUCACGCCCUAUUCACCUUACUUGUGUGAUGCAGAUGAAACUGGGAAUACACAUACACUUACUGAAUGAUACAUCAGUGACAGUAGAUGCUGACUCCUCUACCACAGUACAAGAGUUAGUGUCCCAGUUGAACCAAGAGCUAGGGAUGGAGAGUGUGUGUACUACUGGUUUCUCACUGAUGAGUGACUGGCCAGGUGAAGAAGGAAUGGACAUAUUCUAUUUAUUCCCAAACAGCAAACUAAUGGAUGUCAUAUCAAUGUGGAGUGACAGUAUGACUGAACUGGGUAGUUCAUCAACUCAUGCUCGGACCAUUCGCCUCACGUAUCGUAACCGCCUCUCAUUUAAAACAAGGCGUGGCCAAGAAACAGAUAGAGAGGUUAUAUUAUUAGCCUAUCAGUAUAGUAAAGAUGUACUCAAUGAUUAUUAUCUUGUUCCUUCACUUGAUAUUGCUCUUGAUAUUACAGCAAGAAUGGCACAGAUUGAUUAUGGUGAUUGUAGUUCCCUCACUAAUGCACAAGACAUUGCUAAAGAUGCAGUGAGGAGGUUUUGUUGUCGUAAAUUCACAAUGAACAUACUGCCACAUGACAUGGAGCUACUGAGUAGCCGUUUAUUACAGAAAUGGAAAGGAUAUCAUAAUAUCAGUCGUCAGUCUUGCUCUAGAAUGUUACUGACACUGUUAGCUGACACGUGGGAUCUGUUUGGCUCUACACUUUUCUUUUGUAAAGAUCAAUAUGGGACACUAACACACAAGACUGGGAAUGUUUGGUUAGCUAUCAAUGAAAAUGGAGUGUCUCUACUUCAUGGAAAUAACAUGAAAGAGAUUGUUACCUACUCUUACAAAGAUAUUGCUACAUUUGGUGGCCAUGUUGAUGACUUUAUGCUUGUUGUUAAUUCAAGACAAUCUCAAAGUGGUGGAUCUACUCCAGUCCAGACUGAGAAAAUUGUACUCUCAAUGCCAAAAUUUAAAAUUCGUGAAGCAACAUACUUGAUGGCAAGUUAUUUAGACUAUUGAGAAAACAAAUAAAAUUAUUUUACUUAAGUCUUAAUUUUCAUUCUUAUUUAAAUGUUUUUAAUUCAGCAAAUAUUCGGUGCAUUUUUCACUAUA